AUGAACACCAUGCUGCAAUCCAUGACGGCAUCCAAUCUCUACCGUGACAGGAUUACCCAACCAACAACAUCUGCACAAGUGAGCGUGGCAUCAGAUGAUGACAGCAACCUGGAGGUGCUCCGGAAAGGAGGCGCUAAGCGGCACCGGAAAGUUCUUCGCGACAACAUCCAGCGAAUCACCAAGCUGGCUAUUUGUCGUCUGGCUCGACGUGGCGGUGUGAAGCGUAUUUCCGGUCUGAUCUACGAAGAGACCCGCGGUGUGCUGAAAGUGUUCCUGGAGAGCGUGAUCCGCGAUGCCGUCACUUACAUGGAGCAUGCCAAGAGAAAGACCGUCACCGCUAUGGAUGUGGUGUAUGCCCUGAAACGCCAGGGACGCACUCUGUAUGGCUUCGACGGUUAA